AAUAAACACAGCUAAAGCGUGAGACAAUAGGUUGUCAUUCUCCCAUUUGCAGCCCGGGUGUACGUUUGGUAACAUUAGUUGUGAUUUUACCUGACGAUAUAUGUUAGACGUUAGUACAGCCAUGUCGUUUUGGAGCUACAUUUAUCCCGCCAUCGGGAGCCUACAGGUGAUAUUACUAGCCGUUCUGUGUGUCAUCGCUACACUUGUACUGUGUGGGCGGCCGAGAAAUAUGCCACCAGGACCGAGAGGACUGCCGAUUGUCGGGAACGCCAUAGGCCUGCUCAAGGGUGCUCUUCCGCUAGUCUAUACUGACUGGUCAAAGAAGUACGGUGACGUGUUUACCGUGUAUUUUGGACCCAGACGGACGGUAGUUCUCAACGGUUACGCCGCCAUCCACGAGGCACUGGUGAAGAACGCAGAGAACUUCUCCAGCCGUCCGCCGUCUCGAGCAAUGAUGACUCCAGAUGGAAAUACACUCGGAAUAGCCGCUGAACCUUAUGGUCCCAAGUUGAAGGAACACCGUAAGUUUGCCAUGAUGAGUCUGCGUGACUUCGGAGUUGGGAAGAGAAGUCUUGAGGGGAAGAUUCUCGAAGAGGCACGAGGUCUCGGUGAUGAGAUCUGCAAAACAGAAAGCCGAGCCUUUUGUAUCUCUCAGAUGAUGCAGAAUGCUGUUUCUAACGUCAUCUGUUCAAUUGUGUUCGGUCGCCGUUAUCAGUAUGAUGACAUGGCAUUCAAAGAUCUUCUAAAUGCAAUAAAUGGUGUAUUCUCUCGAAGCUUUGCAGUGAUAUUUGCGCAAGUCUUUCGUCCAAUGAGGAUCCUACCAGGAGUAAGGAAGCCGUUUCAAGAACUUAAACGGAACGAGGCAAAACUCAUUAACCACAUUAAGGACAGAAUCAAAGAACACGAAGACACUUUUGACCCUAAGGACAUCCGUGAUUUUAUUGACGCAUUUCUCUUGGAGUCUAAAAAACGGCAGGGAGACGAGAACUCUACAUUUACUGAGCAGGAACAUGCCGCGAUCGUUUAUCAACUGUUCCUGGCAGGAACUGACACAACAGCUAUCACCUUACGUUGGGCCCUGCUCUACAUGAUCCUCCAUCCGGACAUCCAGGAGAAAGUACAGCAGGAGAUAGACAGCGUGCUGGGGCAGAACCAGGAGCCGUCAAUGGCACAUCGUAGCCAAAUGCCAUUCACGGAGGCCACACUGGCAGAAGUGAGCCGACUGGCAUCUGUGACGCCGAUGACCAUCCCCCACGGCACGAGCAACGAUACAGCAUUCAGGGGGUACAACAUCCCAAAGAACACGUCGGUGACAGUAAACAUCUGGUCCGUGCACCAUGACCCAAACCUGUGGCCGGAGCCGGACAAGUUUGACCCAACUCGCUUUCUGAAUGACGAGGGCAAAUAUGUGAAGAGGAAUGAAGUACUUGCGUUCUCCAUUGGCCGUCGUGUCUGUCUUGGUGAACAACUGGCCAGGAUGGAGCUCUUCCUCUUUUUCACAUCUCUGCUGCAGCGCUUCACCUUCAAGCUGCCAGAGGGCGCUCCUAAGCCUUCUGAGAAAGGGAUCCAUGCAGCAUUGCAUCACCCUGUGCCAUUCAAGCUUAUUGCUGAACCAAGGGAUUGAAAUACAUGGAAUUUUGCUAGUAACAUGCGCAUGUAGGUUGGAUAUCAAAACCUUUUAUUAGUCAGUGUAGUGGUAGAUGGAUGCGUAUAAAGUAAAAACCUCGUCACACAAAUACGUCGAGAAGAAAGUUGAUGAUAUUAUAAUCUUGUGAAUUAUGUGGCAUUUAUUAUUAUCAAAGCGUCAGUUUUUAUAUAGAAGAAUAAAGUAUAAACUUUUAGACACCUUUGUUUCGAUACAUUAGUUAUUUCAACAGUCUGUGGUUCGUCGUGUGGAGAUAUCUGGUCAUGAUAAAGUGCUUAGAAGUAUCAUUACAGGUGCAGUUCUAGAUAUUUUCUUCCGCACUUACGACAUUGUUAUAAGAUAUAAGGGCCAUAAUAAGCAAAACUCUACUACAUUGAGUUAAUACUGCUAAAUACAUUCCUAAUUUCAUUACUGCAUGUUUAGAUUUCGCGAUUAUAUGUAAGGUAGACGUUGUAACAAUGCAUAUUUAUUUAUAACCAUGCUAGUUCUAAAGUUUGAAACAAAUACAGUUAGUUUUAAAGAUAGACGUGCUUUUUGGUAUUAUAAUAUUGCUAUUAUAAAUUAGAUUUACUUGAAUUUUUGUAAAUCAAGUAAACAUUUUGUAAUACUUACCAUAAAAAGUUCUAAAAAGUCAAAUAAUACUUCGUCAAUGUCUGUUAGACACCAUCAUCAGGGUUAUAAUGACUGGAUUUCCUUCUCGAUGCUACUUAUAGCCGAGGUAGGUGGCGCUGUAGAUGUAGAUGCCAUCCCAAACGUAAGGCAGAUCCAGUAAUUUUAACCCUGAUUGGUGUCUGACAGACAUCGAAACGUUGGAUGUAUUACCCUGGUUAUGUCUUACAGAACUUAAAGAUAUGAGCAACAUAACUAUAUCAACUGAUGUAAUAAUUUGCGGAUGUAUACAGUAUUCUAUUUUUCUGAAACAUGCAGUAAUGCAGUGCGUUUAAAAGAACUAUAUGUAGAAUAUAAAGUAGCAGCUGUUAUAUAUCAAGUUAGGUAUGAUCCCUUUAGUGAUAAUAGUUGAUAUUAAGUAAGUAUUUGCAUAUGACACAUCAUUUUGCAUGUAAUAUGAUGAAAGCUUUUAAAAAUAUUCGGAAAAUAGAGGUAUUCUUAAUCAAUGCUAGUUACCAUUCAUUAAUAGGGUAGAGCUUUUUAGAUUCUUUAGUUGAUUUUAUUUUACUUCAGUGUAUUUAAUACAUAAUUCCAUUAAAUUUAGAACGAUAUUAAAAGAUCCAUGCCCUUUUGUCGCAAAAAAUUACAAAAAGUCGUAGAAUAACUUUGUUACUACAAGUUAAGGAAAUAUUACAUUGCAAGGGUUGUUUUUACAUGUUACUCACUUAGUAAUAACAGAUUUCAGUGUACAAUGAUAAGAUGUAGAAUAUUUUAAAAGCAUAUUGAAACCUCAUGUCAUUGAGCUAUCUUGAGCAUUGAUACUGGUAAGCUGGUGUUUUUAAACGGCACAUACGAUGAAAAAAAUACUUAGAAGUAGAUCUAUGCUUGGCAACCAGCAAAUUUAGAAUUAGUGACCGCUCUCUUGAAAUUGAGACAGUACAGGAACUACUAUGUGUGACAGAAUGUGAUACAAAUGUAGUAGUAAUAAAAAUUACAUAUUUACUAAUACUGCUUACAUAGUAACCCCAAAUAAAA